UUUCAGAGUUCCUUGAUGAUGGAUAAAACAAUUCAGCAUCCCAGCGUGGGUCUGUCUAAUCGAACUAUUGUAAAUAGGAGCAACUCACAGUUCUCAGACUUCGAGUCAUGUCAGCUUUCUUUCCCUGUGGUCUUCUUGCUCAUCACGGCUUACACCGUAGUUACCAUAGUAGGGCUUUUUGGAAACCUUUGCCUGAUUAUUAUAAUAAAAAGACAGAAAGAAGCUCAAAAUGUUACAAAUAUUCUGAUUGCCAACCUCUCCUUAUCGGACGUCAUGAUAUGCAUCAUGUGCAUUCCCGUCACUGUUGCAUACGCUUUGAUGGACUACUGGAUUUUUGGCGAAGCCAUGUGUAAAAUAAGCUCGUUUGUACAAAGCAUGUCUAUCACAGUCUCUAUAUUCUCACUUGUACUAAUUGCUGUUGAGAGAUACCAGCUAAUAGUAAAUCCCCGUGGCUGGAAGCCUAAUAUUUCACAUGCUUACUGGGGAAUUAUCUUAAUUUGGGGGUUUGCCCUCAUCAUAUCCAUUCCUUUUUUCAUAUUUCAUCAAUUGACUGAUGAACCCUUUAAAAAUCUCUCUCUCCAUGGUGAUUUCUACAAGAACAAAGUUGUUUGCAUUGAGACAUGGCCAUCCGUUACAGAGCGACUGAUUUUCACCACCAGUCUCCUGGUUUUCCAGUACUGCUUCCCACUGGGUUUUAUUUUUAUCUGUUAUCUCAAGAUAUCUGUAUGUCUCCGACGGAGACACGGUAAAGUGGAUAGGAUGAGGGAGAAUGAGAGCAGACUAAAUGAGAACAGAAGGAUUAACAUGAUGCUGAUUUCAAUUGUCGUGACCUUUGCUGCUUGCUGGUUGCCUCUGAAUAUAUUUAAUGUUGUUUUUGACUGGAAUUAUGAAGCCUUGAUGAACUGCCACCAUAAUCUAGUGUUUACAUUAUGCCACUUAGUAGCCAUGAUCUCAACCUGCAUCAACCCCAUCUUUUAUGGAUUUCUUAACAAGAAUUUCCAGAAGGAUUUAAUAGUGUUAAUUCACCACUGCAGAUGCUUGGCAUCUCAGGAGGCUUAUGAAAACAUCGCCCUUUCAAACCUGCAAACAGACAACUCUAAGGGGUCCCUGAAAUCCAAUAACAUGCCAGUGACUAUUUAA